AUGUGUAAAGUGUUGAGACUCCCUUUUUAUUUAGUUUUUUUAAAUUUUUGCAUAUGUGAAAGCAGAGAUAAAUUAAAAAAUGAAGUUGAAAAAGCAGAAAAUAUAGAUGAAAUAAAACGUAAUUUAAGAAGUAGUUUUUCAAUAAAAAAUCCGUCUUUACAGGAUGAAAAAAAGUUAGAAGAUGUAGACAAUCAUAACAGUAAUAAUAAUAAUAAUAAUAAUAAUAGUAAUAAUGAUAGUAAUAAUGAUAGUAAUGAUGAUAGUAAUGAUGAUAGUAAUGAUGAUGGUGAUGCAACUGUAGGCAACACUGAACAUUUUGGAGGCGUAGAUUCAAGCGAUACUACAAAAAGGAAAGACAUUAGAAAAUUUUUUAAAAAUGGUUCAAGUUCAUCCAUUGCUGCAUCUGUCAUACCCGACUUCCUGAAUGAGCAAGAAAAUGAAGAAAUUUAUUUGCAGAAAGAACCCCAAUUCUCAAUAAAUUCGAAAAGUUCAGAACAAUUUGUUUUGGGGAGUGAUGCAGAAAAUGCAAGUAGCGAAGAAGGAGAAUCUGAUGCAGACGAUCUAAUCUUCACAGAUAACCAAACUGAUGACGAAGGACCUAGUGACAAAGGUGAAACUGGUCGAGUUUAUGGACAACAUGAACAUCAGACGGGGGGUGAUCAUGCAGAUGGUAGAAGUGAAGAACAAAUAGAAGAAAACAAAAGAAAUACACCAAUAAGUACAACAGAAGAUUUAGUUGUACCGUCAGUUACAGAAUUGCCAAACGGCGAACUAAAACACCCAGCACCAGAAGAACCAGCUACACAUAAACAAGAACAGGUAGGGGGAGAAGAAUCAAAAGGACAAGAAGGACAAGAUGCAAAUUCAUCAGUAGAAGUACUCGAUAAAGACCCCGAAAACAAUGUACAUCAUGCACUAGAAGAGGGAGAAGGUGCAGUUACGCAACCCCCAUCAUCAGCACCAGUAGAAAACGAAGUAGCACAUGCAUCAGAACCAGAAACAAGAAUUGAAGAAGGUACUGCAGUUUUACAACCAAAAGAAUCUCAAGAAGCACUACCAUUACAACAAGAAAAAGAUGGAGAAUCAGAAAUAGAAUCAUUAUCAUCAGAGUCAAAAGAACAAGCAUCACAAACAAGUUUACCUAAACCAACAGCAGAACAAUCACCAGAACAAGGAGUAGAAGAGUUAACAGAACAAAAAGUAGGAGCAUUACGACAAGAAGAUGGAUCGAUAUCACACCAAGGAGAAUCAGCACUACCAGUAGGUAGUUCAAAACUGGUAGAACAGUCAUCAUUAGACUUAACUCCACCAGUAGUAAGUUCACCAUCGGACGUUGUAGGAGUUGAAACGGAAGAAGAUAAAAGUAAAGAUGAAGAUGGUGAAAAAGAGACACACAAAAAUGAUUCAGAACAUAAAAAUCAAAGAGAUGAUUCUCAGGUAGAUAAUGGAAAUAAUGAACAAAUAAGUGAAAUUGGAGAGAAUCUAUCACAAAAUUCAGGAGAGUCCGUCGAUUUAUUAGAAAGAGAAUUAAAAGAAAAAGAAUCAGAGCAGGAAGCAGAACCAGGACUAGAAGCAGAACCAGGACUAGAAGCAGAACCAGGACUAGAAGCAGAACCAGGACUAGAAGCAGAACCAGGGCUAGAAGCAGAACCAGAACUGGAAUCAAAAGCUGGUUUGGUAGCAGAAGAUCCUGAAAAACAAAAACAGCAGGAAGUAGUAGAGCCAGUUCAAGGAGCAAGAGUAGAAGAUCCAAAUGAAGUCAAAGAUCAAGAAGAAGAUUCACGAAAAGGAACACUAGAAAAAGAAGCACAGGACAGUUCGCUCAUCUUAUCAGAUAAUGAACAACAUAUAGAAACACCAUCACCAGAAGAACCAUUAGAAGAUGGUGAACUAACUGAUACAUUAGAACCAGAAGCAAGGGAAGAAACAGCUAGUGUUCAUAUACGACCAGAAUCAACUGAAGAAUUACUACCACCACAACAAAUAAUUGAAGGACCGGAUUCAUCCAUAGAAGAAGAAUCAUCACAAGAUGAAAGAUCAACUUUGCAAGAUGUAGAUCGUUCACUACUAGAUGAUAAUUCACAUGGGGUAGAAGAUCCAUCAUCAGGAUUAAUAUCAUCAGUAGAGAGACCACCAUUAGAGAAUUUAGAAUCUGAACAGGAAGAAAGUGAAGAUGGUGCAGAACAACAUGAUACAGAUGUAGAAGAGAAAGGAUUAUCCCUACCAUCAGAAGAAGAAAGGGAAGAAGUGAGAGAAGGAGGUAGUCAACUGGAAGAAGCACCAGUACAAGAGGAAAAAGAAGAUAAUGAAAAUAUACUUGAACUAGUAAAUUUUCGCGAGGGAAAUACACACAACACUGUAGAUGAAGAUGAAUCAGUGGUAGAGGAAAACGAAGUACAGCAGAAGGAAGAAGAUGAGGAAGAGAAAGAAAUAGAAAUUGAAGAGGAAGAUGUAUUAGAAUUAGUACAACAAUUACUACAAGAAGGGGGAGAAAACGAGGAAGCAGCAGAAGAAGUAAACGAAGUUGAUGAAUCUGAUGAGGAAGUAAAAGAAGAAAACCCACAAGGAAAUGAAUCUGAUGGUAAAAAUAAAGAAGCAAAUACUGCACCAUCUAACGACGUUGAAGCACAUAGAUCCCUUGCAGAAGAUUAUGUAAAUACCAAUGAUGAUAGAACAUUUACAAACGAGUUAGUGCAAACAGUGGUUACUUCAGAAGGCGAUACUACUUUGAUUGCUGAUACACUCAAAGAUUAUGUAGAAGAUUUGAAUCAAUUUUUUAACUUUAAAUAA